CUCAUGGUAUUCUCCUUUCUCUUUUCCUUGGAUUCUCCACUUGCAUUUCAGCAUGAAUUCUGUUAUUGAACGCUACAACAAGCUGAAAGAGGAACAGCACCAACUGAUGAACCCUGCUUCUGAAAUCAAGUUUUGGCAAAGGGAGGCUGCAAGCUUGAGGAAGGAAUUGCAAUAUUUACAAGAAUCUCAUAGGCAAUUGAUGGGGGAGGAACUUUCUGGCCUAAAUGUUAAAGAUCUACAAAAUUUAGAAAACCAAUUGGAGAUGAGUCUUAAAGGAAUUCGGAUGAAAAAGGACCAAAUUUUAACUGAUGAAAUCAAGGAACUCAACCAAAAGGGAAAUCUCACUUAUCAAGAAAACCUGAAACUGCAUAAGAAACUAGAGCUCAUCUGUCAAGAAAAUGCAGAAUUACGUAAAAAGUUUUGUGCAGAAAGGGAUGCAAGAGAAGCGAACAAAAGUUCCCACCCACCAUACACUAUAAGCAAUGGAUAUGACUUACACGCCCCAAUCCAUCUCCAGCUGAGCCAGCCACAGCCUCAAACCAAUAAGGCAUCACCAAAACAAAUGAAAUUUGGAUUACAAUUGCAAUAGCAAAGCAGUUGACAAAUGAACAGAUACUGAUCAUCAUCUGAGUGAAUUGCUCGAUUGUUGACAAAACACCUCUCUACACUAUGAGAUCUCGUACAUCAGCAAUUAGAAGUAUCUUCCAGCAGCAGGAUAACCAGAUUCAGUAUGAUACAUUCUGUAAAGUAUACUUUAGAAAUUGUUGGCUAGAACUCCUAUGAACCAAAAUUAUGCAAUAAUGGGAAAGCUUGGUAUGAGCCAGGUGUUACUCUAGA